AUUGUACAUGUAGAAACUGUUGAAUUGGUGUAUGUUCUGCUGACUAUACUCUCAGUGGAAAUAAAAACUUUUUUUUUAAAUUGUAUUCUGGGAGGAACAAGCUAUCCAGGAUUACUGGAAGUGAACUUAGAAGAUUGCAGCAAGAGAGGAGAUGGAGAAGUUGUUGAGGAGGAAGCAUUUGAAUGUCUGGACACAGAAUCUAGACUUUAUUCUACAAGGAGUCACUGAUGAUCUUGAGGAAAGGAACAACAUGAUCCCAUCUUUGUUUUAAGAAAAUAACUAGAAUUAGUCGGAAGGAAGAAUUGGAGAGGAGAGAUAAUGAAGACCCUGGAAACUGGUUAGGUGGCUUCUGCAAUUACUUUUACCAGUAAUUGAUCAUAAAGAAGAUUCUGGCUCAUUAAGAAAAGGUUCAGGAAAUACAGGUUAUCAAGACAGGGAAGUGUGUAAUAUAUUUUAUACAAGUUUCUAUUUUAAGUGGCUUCCAUUUAAAAUGAAACAAAAACACCCUGCUGUCUUCAGUGUUAAUCUUCAAUUAUCCCCAAAUUUAAGGUAGAAACUUGUCAUUCUCCCACUUUGCUAGGUAAGAGAUGUCACAAUAUUAGGAAGAGAUUCACCCAUUCUUCUAGAGUUUAUUGGUAAACUCCAAGAAUUGCAAUAAACUAUAAUUUGGUAUAAAUUAAUCCAAAGAAUAAUUUAAUAAGAAUUAUUUUCUGUUAAUAUCAAAGUUUAACCUGUAUUUGGCUUGUAGGGUUAGGCUCGUUCUUAGCUUCUAUCAUGUUUUUUCCACAACAAGGCACUGCUGCUGUUGCUUAAAACAUGACUUCCCUCAUCCAAAGGUCUCCUUCUUGUCCCCAUUUCACCUCCCUGAUUCCUCUCCUAAUGUCUCUGUGAAACUCACAUGGAACUGAAGUCAGCAGUCUGCUGAGGUUCUAGAGGAUUCAGGGACAUUCACCAGGCCCUCUGAAGCAAUGGUUGCUCAGUGGGGUGGAAAAGGGCUGGGACACUCUAUGGGGCAGUUGUUGAUGCCACUCUACCAUCUGAGCCUGUUUCUGGUUGAUCUCUUACAUAGCAGAGUGAAUUGUAUUUAACCUCUAAGCUCAGUUUAUUUGAUGGAAUAGAUACUAACCUUCUCAUACUCUAAAUGUGUUUUUGAGAAGUGGUCAAAUGUGCUCCUUGGCUGUCAUAUGAAUUAUGACAACCAUUGUACCAUCCAGGGACUCCACUGUCAGCACCUGUGCCAUAUUAGUUGUUAAACAUUUAUUCUUCAAGAUCACAGCUUUAUUUAUUUACAUCUUUUAUUAUUCAUUCGUUCUUCAAGAUCGUGAGUUACUCAAGGGCUGAGACCUGUCAUUUUCAUUUUCAUAUCCCCUGUGGAGCCUAGGCAGUGCCUGCACCCUGUAGCUCAUAAGCUGUGAGUUGGUAUGGUGUUGGGGUUCAGAGCAUGAGCUUUGGAAUCAACCUGCAGGUUCAAAUCCUGACUCUACCACUUACUAUCUGAGUGACUUUGGGUAAAUGAUUUAUCUUCCUUAUGCCUCAGUUUCCUCACAAGGUUUUUGAGAGGGCCAAAUGAAGUUAAUAGGUGCAAAGCUCUGAUAAUACUGUCUGCCAGGGAGUGCUGCUGAUGAAGAGGAGCAGUGGUCAGAUGACUUUGAUGGCGAUUAUGAAAAUCCAGACGAGCACUCUGACUCAGAGAUGUACGUGAUGCCUGCUGAGGAGAACGGGGAUGACAGUUACGAGCCACCUCCGGUCGAGCAGGAGACGAGGACAGUUCAGCCAGCCCUGCCCUUUGCCAGGGGCGAGUAUGUAGACAAUCGCUCAAGCCAGAGGCAGUCUCCACCAGUCAGCAAGACACUUCCCAGUAAGCCCAGCUGGCCUUCAUCAAAAGCAAAGCUCUCCUCCACUCUGCCGUCCCUCGCUUCUCUUCAGAAACCUCAAGUCCCACCCAAGCCCAAAGAGCUCCUUGAGGAUGAGGCUGAUUAUGUUGUGCCUGUCGAAGAUGAAGAUGAAAACUAUAUUCAUCCCACAGAAAGCAGUUCGCUUCCAUCUGAAAAAGCUCCCACCGUGAACAGAUCAACCAAGCCAAGUAACUCUUCAAAGCCAGCUUCUCCUCCAGGGACAGCUUCAGGUCAAAACCGCAGGACCUGGGAAUCCAAGUUACCUUCUUCACCUGCAGCGCCAUCCCCACUCCCGAGGGCUGGGAAGAAGCCAGCUACACAGCUAAAGAUAACUACAACUGCCUCUCAACAGAAUGCAUCAAGUGUUUGUGAAGAAAAACCUAUACCUGCUGAACGUCACCGAGGGUCUAGUCACAGACAAGAAGCCGUGCAGUCACCAGUGCUGCCUCCUGCCCAGAAACAAAUUCAUCAAAAACCCAUCCCUCUGCCAAGAUUUCCAGAAACGGGAAGCCCAGUCGUGGAUGGACCAUUACCCAGCUUUUCAUCUAAUUGCAGUUUGUCAGAACAGGAAGCUGACGUUUACUGUAAGCCAUGGUAUGCUGGUGCCUGUGAUCGAAAAUCUGCUGAAGAGGCAUUAUACAAGUCAAACAAGGAUGGAUCAUUUCUUAUUCGCAAAAGCUCUGGACAUGAUUCCAAACAACCAUAUACAUUAGUUGUAUUCUUUAAUAAGCGAGUAUAUAAUAUUCCUGUGCGAUUUAUUGAAGCAACAAAACAGUAUGCUUUGGGAAGAAAGAAAACUGGUGAAGAGUACUUUAAAAGUGUUGCUGAAAUGAUCAAGAAUCACCAACACAGUCCCCUGGUUCUCAUCGACAGUCAGAAUAACACAAAAGAUUCCACAAGACUGAAAUACGCAGUUAAAAUUUCAUAAA